GGAACCAAAACAAUCCACGAUGAGUAGCCAAAGUAUGUAUUUCUACGAGCUGGUACGCAAAUUAGACGACGAGGUAGAUGAAACGCUGAGGCAAAAACCAAGUCAGCUCACUGAUAAGGACGAGAGCGACCGGUUGUUGAUCCAUUGGGCAGCGCUCGGCGGCAAGGAGACGCUCGUACAGUGCAUUCUGGAUCGGCAUCCAGAUCAGCUCGACGCGGAGGAUGAUUCCCAGUAUACCCCACUGUUGCUGGCCACCCUCGGCGGGCAUCUCCCGGUGGUGACGCUGUUGACAGUGCGCGGUGCCAAACUCGACCAUCGCAGCAAGCAGGGCCAUACCGCACUUCAAUACGCCUGCUCGAAAGGAUUUCUAGCGAUUGCCAAACAUCUGGUAGAGCUCGGUGCGAACGUGAACGUGCCAGACCGGCUGAACGAAACGCCCUUGCACCGUGCGUCGAUUCGCGGCAUAGAGGAACUCAUCACACUGCUGCUAGAGCACGGUGCCAACCCAAACAUCCAGAACAGCGUCGGCAACACGCCGCUCCAUUUGGCCUGCGAGGAAGACCAACAUUCUUGUGCGAUACGGUUAGUGCAGGGCGGUGCUUCUACCUUCGUCGAGAAUCGUGAUGAAAAAACACCACUAGAUCUGGCAACGCGGUCGACGCGGACUGCCAUUCUUAAUGUGGCACAGGCAAGUUGA